UUAAAGAAGACUUAAUUAUUAUUAAUAACGAGAGUAACAAGAGACAAAGCAAUACAAUAAUUCAAGGUUACACUGGGGUGAGACAUAAAACUGAUCAGCCUUUGAAGACAUGUCAAAUUCGCUAACCCUGCAUCAUUAUAGUCUAAUCUAACAUUAUUGCUGAACUUGCUACUAAAAUUAGAGAUUACUAAACAAGAAUUCUUUAAAUAAAAAUAAGAAAAUAAAUCAAGCGUCCCAAUUUUACCAGCCACCAAAAAGGGAGAAGAGGUUUGUCCAAUCACCUCCAAAGGAAGCAUCCCCAUUUCACCAGCCACCUGGAAGGAAGAGGAGGUUUGUCCAUCCACCUCAAAAAGAAGCAUCCCGAUUUUACCAGCCAUCGGAAAGGGAGAAAAGGUUUGACCAGUCAUCUCCAAAUUAAAGGAAUCGUCUUGUGUACGGAACCUAUCAGUACUUUAGGCGGUGCUAUCCGGGGAGCACUGUUGCGUUGUCGUUUUGUGUUCCCCCACCAUCAAACUCCUCGAAUGACCUCCUUCCAUAAGCCUAAUUUAAGCUCUCCAUUACUGGUUAACAAAACGAUUGUCGAAACUGAGACAUAGAAAAAGAAGCAACGAGACUCACGAUCAAAAGCACAAACACGUUCACAAUUGGAAUGGACCAAACCCUCAGCCAGAGAAAACUCAUCUGGACAAACCCUCGGCCCGAGUAGAACUCUGCCGGACAACAUGUAGAUAGCAACCAAGAUCCACGAGAAUUAAGAAACGCAUCAGAAGAAAAAACAAUGAAAUCUGGCAACGCGGAGUGCUCAAAGACCGUGACGGAAGGCCUCCUCCCUACUCACCAAUCGAUUGAACUCGCCGCUUGAGAAGUUCCCCUUCCGGCUCCCUGCCUGCGUCGGUUGCGCAAUGCGCCGUGAUCGGCAUGUUGCUGACUCUGAGUGACUGAGUCUCUGCCUGAAUGCCUCUCUGGACGCUGGUUUCCUAUUUGCAGGUUUCAUUUUGGCAAAGAGAAUCAUGAAUAUCACAACACUAUUCAGGAGGUUAAAUAUCAGAGAUUUGGUAUCAAGUCCAUCUCUCUACAGUUGUGGCAAGGAUGCAUCCGGAGAGGGACUGAGCUUAGUACUAAGGCGUUGGGCUACCAAGAAGACAGCAGGAUCCACAAAAAAUGGACGUGACUCAAAACCUAAGAAUCUCGGGGUGAAGAAAUUUGGCGGAGAGAGGGUGAUUCCAGGGAAUAUCAUUGUUCGCCAAAGAGGAACCAGAUUCCAUCCGGGGGAUUAUGUUGGAAUUGGCAAAGACCACACAUUGUUCACAUUGAAAGAAGGGUGUGUCAAGUUUGAGCGAAACAAGCUGACUGGACGCAAGUGGGUCUAUGUGUUGCCUAAAGACGGGCAUGUGCUUCACCCCAUAUACUCAUCCAUGGCUUCACCUCCCGAGCUAAAGAACGCGUGCAGUGCCAGUUCAUCAUUUUGAAUUCUUAUUCCAUUUGUCACAUUCUUGUCCAUUGUUCUUUUUUACUGCUGUAUUUUGUAAUUGUGAUUGGAGCAGCAAUGCAAGGCUGCUCUGAAUUCUAUUGAAUAAUGGCAAAUUUUGCACAUAAUGAUCAAGUAGUUAUACAUCAUGUUUAGCUACAAGCUAAGCAAACUUAAACAACAAUUGGAUGGAUUAUAUGCAAAC